AAAAAAGAGGGGAAAGAAAAGAAAAGAAAGAAAAUUACACAGCUCUACAAGUGCUAAGAUAAGAGUCGUAUAUGUAUGUGUGACAAUUUGAGUAUCCUUCCUUCUCUCCUGGAAAUUGGAUAUAAAAUGUUUCGCAAAAGUCUUCUAUCUAUGAUAAAUGGCAAUCUAUUCAAAAGAAAUAAAAGUAUUAUAGAUGUCACGUGUCACCCCGUGUUAAACAGAUAUGCACACAUGAAUUCUGAAAAAUCAGAAACCGCUAAUAUAGAUGAGCUAAAUAAUGAGACUGAGAAAAUAAAGUUGACGGUAAAAGAAAAGAAAAGAAAAUUACCAAGAGAAAAUGAAAAACAAGAUUUGAGCGAGUAUCUGUCGGACAAUCUCAAUCCAGAAAUAAUACAUAUAUUUCCCAGUAUAUUCAUGAAAAAGGGUGAAGAUGAUAGAAAUUUAUUAUACUUAAUUGACAAGGAAGCGGCUGUGGAUUUUGUUUCCCUCAUCAUAGAUGAUCUCUCAAAGGACAAGAGUUUCAUCGCUGAAUUGAAUCCUGGCAUUGGUAUGUUGACAACAGAAUUAUUAAAAGCUGGUAUACCACUGAUUCAUCUGUACGAGGAAAAGAAGGAAUUUGAUUCAAUAUUGGAUAAUCUAAGCAAUAUCUAUCCUGGCAGAUUGGAUCGGAGAAGGUUCAAUCUCCUUAGGAUUAAUACCUUGUUGUAUUGUGAUAAGAUAACAAAUAAAAAUGAGGUGCAAAAAGUUUUUCAAGGAGUAGAAACCAAGAGAUGGGAAGAUAAAUGUAUGCAAGUGAUAGGUGCGACUAGUACUGUGAAAUUUAUCAGACAUAUUAUGCACAGUUUAUUGUUUCGCAAUUCAUUUAUGACCUAUGGGAGGACUGUUUUCUACAUGGCAAUACCUCCAGUUAUGUGGCAUAAAUACACUUGUGAUAACAAAUCUAAUACCAUAUACACUAGGAUAAAGGUAUUAUUCCAACUGAUGUUUGAUUACAAGCUCUUAGGAAAAUUGAAGAGAAAAGCUUUUCUACCUUGGCCAGGGUUAAAAAAAAGGAAAAGAAGAACACGUGAAACGGAAAUAUUGGAUGAGACGAGUUACAAUGAAAUAUUUGUUGUAAAAUUCGAGCCAAAAGUCGACAUUUACUCGUUAUUGUCGCAAGAAGAUUGGAUAAUAUUUUGGUAUUUCGUUAGACAUACCACGUACAGACGUACUAAUAGAGUGAUACCCCAAUUUGAAAAAUGGGUACCAGGCAGUGGAGUAAAGAUAAUAGCAAAGUGUAACCACACGAUAUUCACAGAAUUCGGUGAUUUGACGCCCGCAGAAUUUCUAAAGCUUUUCAAAGAAUUUCAAUCGUGGCCGGAAUAUAAAACAUCUAAUUUUCUCGAUUCUAUGAAGGAUUCCCUACAGAUGUUCGACGAACCGACAGUUUUAAAACUCAGUGCCAAAGAUGACAAUAUAGUCAACUGAUCGGUAUGUUUCUCUGGGGUACGUCCGUGAAUAAAAGCUUAUUUUAUAUUUUCUUUUA